AUGGUGAUUUUAUUUACAUCAACUAGUCUUGUUCAUGGAGCAACAAUUUUAACUCAAUAUAAUGCUUCAUCAAUAUCAUCUUCUAAGACCUGCUCAAAAAUUCGUUCGAAUUGUACACAAGAUGGUUUAAUUAUUCCUCUAUGGCGUCCUCAAGAAGAUAUAUCAAUUGGUGAUCGUAUAUCACGUGCGAUUGUUUAUCUAUUAGCACUCAUUUAUUUAUUUAUUGGUGUAGCUAUUAUAUCAGAUCGUUUUAUGGCAUCUAUUGAAGUAAUAACAUCACAAAAACGUGAAAUUCGAAAAAAAAAUCCCGAUGGUACAAUAUCUAUAACAACGGUAUCAAUAUGGAAUGAAACUGUAUCAAAUUUAACUUUAAUGGCAUUAGGUUCAUCAGCACCUGAAAUUCUUUUAUCAAUUAUUGAAGUUGUUGGAAAAAAUUUUCAAAGUGGAGAUCUUGGUCCAGGUACAAUUGUUGGUUCAGCAGCAUUUAAUUUAUUUGUUAUUAUUGCUAUAUGUAUUAUGUCUAUACCAACCGGUGAAAUUCGUCGUAUAAGACAUUUACGUGUAUUUUUUGUUACAACAGCAUGGUCGAUUUUUGCUUAUAUAUGGUUAUGGGCAAUUGUAGCUAAAAUUUCUCCUGGUUAUAUUGAAGUAUGGGAAGGAACAUUAACAUUUUUAUUUUUUCCAUUAACCGUUUUUUCGGCAUAUAUUGUUGAUACAAAAGUUGGUCAAUUUAUACGUAUACGUAUAACAGCACGAAAACAAGUUUUACAACUUGAUAAUCAUACAACACCACCAUUACCUCUAACUAUUGAUACAACAGGUGGUAUGGAUGAUAGUGAACAAAAAAGUAUGAUUGAUGGUACAGUAAAAAAUUCAACAACACCAAGUACAAAUGAUUUAUAUGGAAUUAAAGCAAAUUCAAUGAAAAAAUCUAUAUCAGGUGGUAUAUUUGAUCAGUUAGGUAGUACAAUAGGUGGUUUAGAUGAAACAACAAUAACCGAUCAUAUUGAAGCACAACGUAGACAAGAAUUUAUUGAUAUAUGGCGUGAAUUACGUAAACAACAUCCAAACACUGAUAUGCAAACGUUAAAUGAUAUGGCUGCUGUUGAAAUGAUGAAACGUGUACCGAAAUCUCGAGCAUACUAUCGUAUUCAAGCAACAAAACGUUUAGGUGGUGGUGGUGGAAAUAUGAAAAAAAAAAUAUUAGAAAAAUUAAACGAACCUAGUCAAACAAUAUCAUCAGAAAAACAACAAUUAAUUAGUGAUGCAACAUCACAUAUAAGUAAAAUACAUUUUGAACCAAAUCAUUAUACAGUUUUAGAAAAUGCUGGUUAUGUGACAUUACAUGUUUUACGUACAGAUGGAAAUUUAAGAAAUACUGUUUAUGUUGAUUAUAUGACAGAAGAUGGUACAGCAACACAUGGAGCUGAUUAUGAACCUGCUGAAGGUACUUUAAUUUUUUAUCCAAUGGAAACACAUAAACAAAUUCAAGUGAAAAUUAUUGAUGAUGAAAUUUUUGAAGAAGAUGAACAUUUCUCAGUUAAAUUAAGUAAUCUUAAAAUAAAAGAUAAUCAAGGACGUUUAACACCAGGUGCAUUUGAUAGAAGUGUUCAAUUAGUUGAACCAUCAACAGCUGUUGUUAUGAUUAUUGAUGAUGAUCAUUCUGGAAUGUUUGUAUUUGAUAAUGAUGAAGCAGUUGUUGUAGAAUCAGAUCGUUUUAUUGAAGUUAAAGUUUUACGUACGUCUGGUGCUCGUGGUCGUGUACGUUUACCAUAUUCAACUCACGAUGAAACAGCUUUACAUGGAAGAGAUUAUAUUGAAAAUAUGGGUGAAGUUAUAUUUGAAAAUAACGAAAAUGAAAAGACAAUAACAAUUGAAAUAAUUGAUCGUGAUCAAUAUCAACGUAAUGAAACAUUUCUUGUUCGAUUAGAUGAACCAACAUUAAUCAAAGAUGAAGAUGUAGCAAACGAUUCAGAUAUGACUGAAGAAGAAAGAUUAAUUGCUGAUUUAGGUAAACCUAAAUUAGGUGAAAAACAUACAAUUCGUAUUCGAAUUCGUGAAAGCAAAGAAUUUAAAAAUGCUGUUGAUAAAGCAUUAUAUAAAGCUAAUACGGCUAUACUUGUUGGUACGUCAACAUGGUUAGAACAAUUUAAACAAGCAUUUAGUGUUACAGAUGAUGACGAUGAUGUUGUGGAAGCAGGUGGUUCAAAUGCUGAUGAUGAAAAAUCUGCAACAUGUAAAGAUUAUAUGUUACAUUAUAUAUCAUUUUUUUGGAAAUUUUUAUUUGCUUUUGUUCCACCAACAAGUAUUGCUGGUGGAUGGGUUUGUUUUUGUGUAUCAAUUUUAAUAAUUGGUGCAUUAACUGCUGUUAUUGGUGAUUUAGCAGCGCAUUUUGGUUGUACUAUUGGCCUUACAGACACAAUGACAGCAAUUGCUUUUGUUGCUUUAGGAACAUCAUUACCGGAUACAUUUGCAUCAAAAGUUGCUGCUGAACAUGAUAAAUAUGCGGAUAGUUCAAUAGGAAAUGUUAAUGGUUCAAAUGCUGUUAAUGUCUUUUUAGGUAUUGGUUUACCAUGGGCUAUGUCAGCAUGGUAUCAUUAUUUUAAAAGAACAAAAUUUGAAGUUGAAAAAGGUUCAUUAGCAUUCAGUGUAACUGUAUUUUGUUCGUUUGCAGGUGUUGCUAUAGUUAUUUUAUUGAUUAGACGUUUAAAAAUUUUUGGUGGAGGAGAAUUAGGUGGCCCAUUGAAAUAUCGUCUUAUAUCAAGUUCGAUAUUUCUUUUACUUUGGAUUUUUUAUUUAAUAUUGAGUGGCCUUGAAAAUUAUUGUCAUAUUAAUGUUUAA